AUGGUGACCUCGCCGCCGGUGACGGUGAGGGCGGUCGCCUGCGCUCUCACCCUGACCCCGUCAUCACGGCUGAGCCGCGCCUGCCUCGCACAGCGCCGCCGCCGUCGGCGGCCCCCUCGAUGUAGCAGGAAGCAAGCCGUGGUCGAGGAGGAAACAGCUUCUACGCGGAAGGCCAAGAACGGGGAAGGGGACGAGGGGCGCGGGGCGCAGGGCUGGUUUGCUCUGGAUACGAUCGGGCUGGACAUUCUCAGCGUCGCUCUGCCCGCCGCCCUCGCGCUCGCCGCCGACCCCAUCGCGGCGCUCGUCGACACCGCCUUCGUCGGUCACUUAGGUUCGGCCGAACUUGCUGCUGUUGGUGUAUCAAUUUCAGUGUUCAGUUUGGUGUCAAAGCUGUUUAAUGUGCCCUUGCUUAACGUGACCACAUCCUUUGUUGCUGAGCAGCAGGCAACGGAUGAUGGUUUCAGUGGGACAAGAGAAGUUCUACUUAGGAUAUGGCUUCCAAGGUCUCCUGAGGAGUUGACCCCGAAUAGGAAGUUUCUUCCCGCAGUAUCAAUAUCGUUGGCUUUAGCUGCUGGAAUUGGGCUGAUGGAAACUGUGGCACUGAUUUUUGGAUCGGGGACACUAAUGGACAUGAUCGGCAUUCCUAUUGAUUCCCCAAUGCGAAUACCAGCUGAACAAUUUCUUACAUUUAGGGCAUAUGGUGCUCCACCGAUCGUGGUAGCACUUGCUGCACAGGGUGCAUUUCGUGGGCUCAUGGAUACGAAAACACCUUUAUAUGCUGUGGGCGUUGGCAACCUAGUAAAUGUCAUACUUGACGCCAUACUUGUUUUCCCACUUGGUUUAGGAGUUAGAGGUGCUGCCUUGGCAACAGUGACCUCAGAGUACAUGAUAGCUUGCAUCCUUCUCUGGAAGCUGAAUAGUAAAGUAGUACUUUUUUCCAGAAAUGUAAUUGGUGGUGGAAUCAUACGUUAUCUAAAAUCAGGUGGACUUCUUAUUGGCAGGACUAUUGCAGUACUCCUGACCAUGACACUGUCGACAUCGCUGUCUGCAAGGGAAGGGCCUGUUCCAAUGGCUGGCCAUCAGUUGUGCUUGCAAGUGUGGCUGACAAUUUCUCUUCUCAAUGAUGCAUUAGCUCUUGCUGGGCAGGCUCUACUUGCAAGUGAAUAUGCGAAAAGGAAUUACAAGCAAGCUCGUUUAGUUUUAUACAGAGUUCUGCAGAUUGGAGGUGUAACUGGACUUGCACUAGCUGUGGCUCUGUUCUUUGGAUUUGAGUCUUUCUCUGUGCUGUUCACAAAUGAUCCGGCAGUUUUAGACAUUGCCAAAUCUGGAGUCUGGUUUGUCACUAUUUCUCAGCCAAUAAAUGCUAUUGCGUUCAUGAUCGGCGGGCUGUACUAUGGCGUGUCUGACUUCGCCUAUGCUGCAUACUCUAUGCGGAAUUCUGGCGCGCUUACAAUUUUUGGCAUCUGUGUUGCUCGGUUCUUUGUUGGGGCUGUUUCAUCGGCAUUCCUACUUGUCGCUGCUCCUAAGCUUGGUCUUGGUGGUGUUUGGUCUGGUCUAGUUCUUUUUAUGAGCUUGAGAGCAGCUGCUGGAUUUUGGAGGUUAGGGAGCAAAGGUGGACCAUGGAAGCACAUCUGGUCAGAUACUGAACUGAUAAGUGAAAGAAAUGACAUGUCUAGGUGA